UGCAAUUCCUGCUGCUCUUCAUAAGCACCAAACAAUUCCCUCCCCCUCCCCAACCGCUCUGCCGUAUUGUAGCAAAACGCGCUCAUCCGCUACACACCCACUCCGCCCGGCGCGAACAUGGGCUGGCUCGACGUCUUUUGCUGCUGGCGCCGCGCCGAUGCGGGCGUGAGUGACUCCGAGACCGAGGUCCUGGUCGCGCCAGCGCGUGCGCGCGGUCGCGGAACAUCCGUGACGAGCCAGGACGGAUACGGGACUAUGUCAAUGAGCGUGGGCGCGCCGCGCGCAAGCCGCGUGACGGACGCGCAGAAGGAGCGCAUGGCCGAAAUAAGCCGUGCAGCCGGAAGCCACAUGCGCCCGAUCGACGGGUAUACUGGCACGGGCCGCUCCGUCUCGCCACUUUCCGAGUCGAGCGCGUCCAGCCGCACGCCCUCUCCCUCUCCACCACGCCCAGAAUCCUCCCCGCCCGGCGGCAUCAUCUCCCCCGCGCACUCGGCGACAUCACGGCGCUCGCGCGCCUCCUCGUCGCGGCACAGCUUUGGCUCGCGCCCGCGCGUCGUCUCCGCCCCCGACGAGGUGGUACACAAAUCCAUCUUCGACGGGCUCGCACCCGCGUCGCGAUCACAACCCAGCUCGCGGCGCUCGAGCGGCAGCUCGAAGAAGAAGAAGCGGCGCGUCAGUGGCGCCGGCCCGAAGCCAUAGCCACCCGCCCCCACCUCCCCCCCAUCAUACAUAGCACAUACACAUUCAUAUUGCCCGCACUACAGUAGACGGCGCAGGACGCCCUUACACGCCACGACCCGAACGACACUGUAUUCUAGUAGUGUAUGCAGAGAUGCUUUA